GCAACCACCACAUUACAACCUCCUCAUUCACAGUAUAUCUUCUAUUCCCGGUGUCAAGAGAGAACUGAAGACGAACGCAAAAAGUUUUGCUUUCUCUGCCCCGCUUGGUCAACAUCCCUUCCUCUCCCACCGACCAAUCACCCAACAACCUCUACGAUGGCUGAAAUUAUGGAUGCCUACUGGCGCAUGCCGCCAUUGACAAGAUUUGUCACGACCGCCGUCCUCGCGACAUCCAUUGGUGGCCAUUUUGGCCUCAUCCCCGUACAAUGGCUCUACUUCGACUACUACUUCAUCUUCAAGCUCCCGCCCCAAGUAUGGCGACCCUUCACCAGCUUCCUCCUGACUGGGCCCAAAUUGGGUAUAGUCAUGGAUACAUACUUUGUGUAUCAGUACUUGAACCAGCUCGAGACUGCACAUCCAAAGUUCACCAGGGCAGAGGAUUUGCUGUGGUACCUAUUCUUCUGUGGCGUCAUCAUUUUGGUUGUCGCAAAAUACUUCCUGGGCAGUUUCUUCUUCCUCCCGGCCCUCAUUCUAGCCAUGGCGUACACUGCCACGCAGGACGCAAGAGGCCAGAAGGCCGGGUUCUUCUUCUUCACCGUCCCUGCCCAGCUCAUCCCGAUUUGCAUGAUGUGCGCGACCCUGCUCAUGUCUGGUCCGCAUGCCAUGUUACUCCAGCUUGUCGGCCUGAUUGCGGCUCACUUGCACGACUUUCUGACCCGCUUAUACCCUGAGUUUGGCGGCGGCAGGAACUGGAUCCCAGCACCUGACUUCUUGUCGCGGCUGGUGAACACACCUCGCAUUGUGACGAGGAACUAUGGUACUGCGAUGCAAGCGUCACAGUCCAGUGCCGGCACGGGGGCGCAGGGCAGUGGACCACUUCCCGAUUCCUGGAAGACCCGUGGCGCGGGUCAUCGCCUAGGCUGAGCUUCCUCUACGGACAUGCCUUGGGUGUCGAGGUUCUUGUACAUAGUAUUAAUAUAUUGUUUCUGAGCAUCUAGCCUCUUUGGCAAGUGCGCAGCGUUUUGCGUUGAGCGGUGGCCGAACCUGAACCUCUCUGGCCCGGCUUGAUUGAAUAUAAAAAUGUCCACCC